GGCUCCAUCCCCAUCCUCGAGCCUGGCGUUCUCAUCCUCACCAAGAUGAAGCGCUCAGCGCAAUACAUCGGAAGUACGCGACCCCAGUCGGUGAGCAAGUACAACUCCGACGUCCGAGACAUUGUUCACCUGCUCCACUGGCUUCGAACAAACGAAAAGAAAGUCGACUUCAUCGGCUACGACGCGGCAUCGCCCCAGAGACUCUACGAUGCAGUUCGGAAGAUGCGGAGUCAUUGGAGAACUACGGGCCAAAGCACCAAUGUCCAGCUGCUGGAUGAUGCGCUCGAAGCAAACGACAAAGCUAUCAUCGUGGGCAACUAG